AUGUAUCAAAUUGAACACCGAAGAUGGUCGAUCAGUUUGUUGCUGGCUUCUACAAAGUCGACCAUCUUGAGUGAAGAGUGUACGUUUGUGCAUGCUGAAGUUUCUAAUUUGAAGGAAGAUGAUGUUGAUGUAAACAUUUGGUACAUCUCUAACACUGAAAAUUUGAAAAUCUUGACAGCAGUAGUAUCCGAUCCAAAUUUAUUUUGGCUCUGCAAUAGCUGCGUUAAAGACAUUAAAGAAGGUUUUAAAAAGAUUUGUGAUCUGCAAAAAUCCCAAAAUGAAAUAAUCUGUAACCAAGAUAAGCUUACUGAUGAGCAAAGUUCUUUUCGUCGUGAGUUGGCUUCAAUUGACGCAAAGUUAAGUGAAAUGGCCAACAAAAUUGAUGAAUUUGAUAAGUCGGUAACAAAUGUAAACACGCAGAUUAAUGAUGUUGAAGGGGGUUUGAAAAAGAAUUGGACUGAAGUUGUAAAGGGAACCAUCAAAGAAGAAGUUAAAUCGACUACGGUGGCUCUGAACAAUGUCGUCAAAUCAAUUAAAAACCACGUCGAAACAAUAAACCGUGAGUGCAAUGUUGUGUUAUUAAGGCUCAGUGAAGCUGAAACUAACUCUGCUGAUGCUCGCAAUGAUGAUAAAAAAAUUGUUAUAAAUUUGCUUUCAGUCAUUACAAAUGAUGAAAUCAAGGAAAGUGAUAUUAAGAAAAUGUACAGAAUUGGCAAAAAAGGUGACAACCCACGUCCGAUGUUGAUCGAGUUUAAAGAAAAGUCUAGGAAAAACAUGAUAAUGGAAAAUUGUGUGAGGAUGAAACAAUUGAGUGAUGAAUUAAAAAAUGUCAGCAUAAGCCAUGACUUCACUAAAGAACAGCGUGAGAAAUGUAAAAAACUGGUAGCUGAAGCAAAAGAUAAACAGAAACAGGAGUCGGGGGUAUUUUUGUAUAGGGUGAGGGGAGAUCCGUCAAAUUUGAGAAUAAUAAAAAUACAGAAAUAUCCAAUAAAAAACUAA